AUGAGCAACAAGUUGGGCUGUGUCGGGGUGGGAGUAGGCGUUGGCUCGGGCGGAGUAGGAGGACCCCAACAGCAGCAGCAACAACAACUCAGAGGAAAUGGUACAACAAAUGCGGGAGGAGUAGUAGUUGGAGGAGGAGGCGGAGGUGUAUUCGGCGCGGGUGGAGGCUCGAUGUGUGGUGCUACCGGUGGAGGUGGGAUCCUUGUUGGAGACGAAACUGUGAAGCCGCUAUUCAGUAUUUAUCUCGGUUUGUUGAAUAUCUACCACGCUCGGUUUGUGGACUGUCACUCAUGGUUUUUUGAUUAUCUAUCAAUCACGCUUGGUUUAUUCUCUUUUUCUCUCUCUCACGGUUCGUUCUCUUUCUCUCUCCCUCUCUCACUGUUUGUUCUCUCUCUCUCUCUCUCUCUCUCUCUCUCUCUCUCGGUUUGUUCUUUUUAUCUCUCUCUCUCUCGGUUUGUUCUUUUUAUCUCUCUCUCUCGGUUUGUUCUUUUUAUCUCUCUCUCUCUCUCUCGGUUUGUUCUUUUUAUCUCUCUCUCUCUCUCUCGGUUUGUUCUUUUUAUCUCUCUCUCUCUCUCUGUUUUGUUCUUUUUAUCUCUCUCUCUCUCUCUCGGUUUGUUCUUUUUAUCUCUCUCUCUCUCGGUUUGUUCUUUUUAUCUCUCUCUCUCUCGGUUUGUUCUUUUUCUCUCUCUCAUGGUUUGUUCUUUCUCUCUCUCGGUUUAUCUCUCACGGUUCACUAUUUCCCUCUCACAGGGUUUACUAUCUCUCUCAUGGUUUGUUCCCUCUCUCUCUAUCUCAGUUUGUUCACUCUCUCUCUCUCUCUAUCUCAGUUUGUUCACUCUCUCUCUAUCUCUAUCUCAGUUUGUUCACUCUCUAUCUCUCUCUAUCUCAGUUUGUUCACUCUCUCUCUCUAUCUCAGUUUGUUCACUCUCUCUCUCUCAGUUUGUUCACUCUCUCUCUCUCAGUUUGUUCACUCUCUCUCUCUCAGUUUGUUCACUCUCUCUCUCUCAGUUUGUUCACUCUCUCUCUCUCAGUUCACUCUCUCUCUCUCUCAGUUCACUCUCUCUCUCUCUCAGUUCACUCUCUCUCUAUCUCUCUGUUUGUCCUCUCUCUCUCUAUCUCUCUGUUUGUCCUCUCUCUCUCUAUCUCAGUUUGUCCUCUCUCUCUAUCUCAGUUUGUCCUCUCUCUCUCUAUCUCAGUUUGUCCUCUCUCUCUCUCCCUCUGUGUCUAUCUAUAUCAGUUUGUUCUCUCUCUCUCUCUCUGUCUAUCCAUCUUAAUUUGUCCUCUCUAUCUAUCCAUCUAUCUAUCUCAAUUUGUCCUCUCUCUCUCAUUUGUUUACUCUCUGUCUGUCUACCUCAGUUUGUUUACUAUAUAUCCAUUCCCUUUUUCUUUUACUAUUUCUCACUGAUUAAAAAGACAAUAGUUACGUAG